UGUGAGAUGAGCUGGAGGGACAUGUCUUGUCGCCAUGGAUCAUGAGUCUCUUUGAUGAGUUGGCGGAGGAGGGCGAGGAUGUGGAGGCCCUGGAGGGCGACUUCUCCGUGCGAGACCUCGAGGAGGUCCUCGCCGAGCUGGCGGCCCAGAACGACCAGCUGGAGGAGGACUGCAGAGGUUUGGAGGCAUACUGCAGGGACUUGGAGCGUGCUGGUUGGCCGGCCCCAUGCAAGGUCACGGAGCUCCUGGCGGCGGCGGACGCCGCCGACGCCGCCGCUUGGCGGCGGCGGCUCCGCCCCGCCGCUGGCGGCGAGGGCCGUGCUGGCGGCCGCCGAGGCGGCGGCAGAGGAGGCGCUGUCCCUCGGCUUCGACGCGGAGGCGGCCUGCUGCAAGGCCGCCCAAGCGGCCGCCGCCGCGGAGGAGGCCUCCGACAGCCAGGACCUGAACUUAGCGAACUUCGCCCUGAGUCGCCUCAGCGCCCGCCUCGCCACCUCCGCCCAAACCGCCGAGAAGCUGGCGGCGGCCGCUGCCAAAAGCGCCGGACGGGACGCGGAGGUGUGCCGCCACGUGGCGGCCGUGGCGGCCGGCCUGGCCGCCGCCAGGCUGGAGACGGGUGAGAGGGCCAUGGAGGUGGGGUGUCAGAAGGUCCUGGAGCUCGCCAAAGCCUCAAGCCCAGAUGCUUCUGCCGCCGCCGCCGCUGCCGGGCAGGUCGCGGGCGAGAUCUCCCGUGCCGCAGGCAAACCGUUGGAGCGCAUCAUUGAGGAUGCCGCUGAAGCUGCCAGGCAGGCCGCCGCAUCUUUGGGCUGCGAUUUGGACGCCACCACCCAACUUGGCCUCGGGGCGGCGGGGGCCGCCGCCGCACAGGCGGUUGCCCUCAGCGGCGGCCUAAACGACUCCCACGUUGCCAGGGAGGCCAGCAGCGCAGUGGCCAAGAUCGCAGAGGAGGCGCUGGAGCUGAAGACGGAGCUGCUGGAGGAGCUCACGCGCGCCACCGGCAAGGUGGUGGAGUGCGCCCUGGCGCGCGCCCGCGUGGCAGCAGUAGCAGCGCCAGCGCCGGCGCCGGAGGCUGCGAAGCCGCCGGAGGCGGAGGACGACACACGGGUGCAGGAGUUGUUGAAAGCGCGCGAGAAGUCCUUUGCAGCCCUGGCGGAGAUGCAAGAGCGCUGCCGCAACCAGCAAGCCGAGAUGGAGAAGCUGCUGAAGGACCGCACGGAGCGGCAGGAGGAGGUCCAACAGCUGCGGAAGAAGCUGAGGGGCGCUGAGCAAGAGCUGCAAGAAGCUCAAGCACAGGUGGAGCAGCAGAGGGAGGAGAUGGAGACGAUGAGCCACACAACCGGUGACGAUUCCGUGGCGGAGAGUCAGGGGUUGACCCCGCGGAGGAACCGGAAGAAGCGCAACGCUCGGGGCGGCCUGGCCUUCAAACAAGCCAGGUGUCUGGACGAGGGCGUGGAGCUGGAGGAACAUGGGGGAACAAGAACCGGAGAUCUUCGAACCGCGACCGCAAGACCUAUGGCGGGCCCCACAAUCACUCCCGAAGAGCUUCCAAGACCCGUCAGCGAUCCCAAUGAGCUUUUGAUCCGUGGUCUCAUCUCCAGAUCGCACGCAUCUUCCCUUUGGCACGAGCUGAUCAUCUUCCUCCUGCAGAAGGCCGGGGAGGACGGGCUGCCGCAGGUCACCGCGGAGGGGGACUUGAAGAAAGAGCUGCAAGCCAUGGCUCAGCAACUCAACGAGCGGUUGGAUGCGCUGAGCGGACACCACGGAAAAGAUGAGGGUAUGCUGACGAAAAUGUUGAAGCAUGUCGGCAAGGUCACCGACCAGGUCGUGGACACAGCGGUGCUCUACGUGGAUCAGAACGUGGCGAACGUCUCUCCGCGGCCCAGUGCUGCCGGCUCCGAUCUCAAGGAGUCUUCCACUCCAAGGUCGCCGACAUCGCCGGCGUCCGCGUCCUUGCCGGAAGGUGAGCCAACGUCUUCCGCAACGCUGAACUUCAAGCAAACUGCUCGGCUGCGGCUGCAAGCACGGCGCAAUAGGCAGCGGACCAGCAUCUUAAGUGUUGCGACCACCACCAACGAGGCCGACGGAUGAUGGGCCCCCGGGCCCCUUUUUCCCGGGCCGAGCCUGCGAGCCAACGAGCCAGAACCCAAAAAGGAUC